AUGGUCAACUCUUUAAUCAGGUUACGUGACCUCUGGUAUAGUCUACGCUCAAGAAAUCUUGGGCUCGUAGAUAGCGACUGCAAAACCCAAAUCGUAUUCCCCGUUAUUCCCCGUCCUCACCGCCAGAUUAAGCGAGGGAAGCUACCGCUACAUGCUUUUCGAAGCAUACCCAAAAUUUCAACUGGCUUAUGCACAUCACGCGCCAAUCGCAGGUUGGAUAUGAAUUUUCGAAGAAAAUAUGUUUCAGCCACACCAUCUGGGGUUUUGAUGUUAGAAGGGAAUGACAUGGUGCCAUUCUUCAACAUAGGGAUCAAUACAAUGGUUACAUUUUCACACGUUGGAGGCAAUUAUGCAGUUAUAGUUACCGGUCAAUGUGGGAAACGUAGUGAGAAAAGAGAGUUCUGGUACGGUCUCCCUGUUGUGCCCAUAAGUAAAGAUAUUCAGGAAGGACAAUCAUGAGAGGAGGAUUUCAAAGUGUUUAUUACCGAAUCCCAGAUUCUUUCAUAAAUGAGCCUUGUGGAAAGCUAAGUUUUUUGGCAUAUGGAGGAAUUCAUGAUUCAAGGAGACAAUGAAGGACUUAAGUUGCAUAGAAACAACCAUUAGUCAGGCUGCAAAAGUUGUUAUUAGAAUAGAUGUUCCUACAUCUAAAUGUGGCAAAGUUUGUAAAUAACAAUCGGUAUAUACUUAUUUUGAAUAUGCAAAGAAUUGGGUUUCUUGAGUUUGAAAUCCUCAUCCAUGCAUAAAUAAAUAUUUAUUCAUGAAAAAGUUUUACUGAUGAUGGAAACCUUGGUAUAUUGUGCUUUUGAUGUAUGACAUUCGAUUGUUUGUCAAUGUUAGUUGUUAACUUAUAGCAAGAUAUCAACUACAAUACAAUCCAUUGCUACAAUGUACAUUCAUUUUCUAAUCGCAUAUUACAACAUAUUAAAUUAUUAUGCGUUUGUAAAUGUGCGAAUUGUAUGUCUACAAUUCAGGC